GAAUGCGCUUCUGAGGUGGAGCUGUAGCUAGUGCAUCAGUAGGUAGCAGCAAAUUUAGUCUUCUUCAGGCACCUGUGUUGAAACUGCCACUAAUGUGCUUGUAGUUCCUAAAUGCGCAUUCCUAAACCGGAGUUAAACAUCGUUUGAUUUAACUAAAGGAUUUCAAGACUGGAGAAUCCCCACGCAAGCAUACUCUUGGUGCUCCAGGUGUUUCUGUGGCUGUCACCUGCCUUUACACCAGCAGAAAGAGCCAGCCAGAAUGAGAAGAGGACCACCACACUCUGUGCAGCUGUGACUCUGAGGAGCCUUUGGACCAGCGGGGCCGUGGUCACACAUGUUUGUGGGGACAAAGCGGUUUUGGGGACGCAGGACUUAUCAGGGACGCAGGACUUUUUUGGGGGAUUGUGGGGACCUUGAGGACGCCUUAAGGACGCAAGAGCUGCCACCAUGAUCGACCUGAGUCACCUGACGGAGGAGGAGCAGGGGGUCAUCAUGACCGUCCUGAAGAGGGACGCAGAGCUGAAGAAAGCUGAGGAAGAGCGCAUCAAGCAGCUCCAGUCUCUGCUGAUCGAGGAGAACAAGCUCAAGUACAUGACGGGCGAGUGGUUCUACGAGGUGAAGUCCCAGCGGCACCAGGACCGCAUCCACGGGUCCGAGAUCAUCUGGGCCUCCAUGAGGCAGAAGAAACAAGAUUUCACCAGGAGUCUGGAGAGACCCAGGCGUGGCAGUGGGAUUGAUGGUGCCAUGGCCACAUUGAAACCUUACUCGCAGCAGCGUUUCGAAGCCCAGGAGCAGAGGGACAGGAAAAGUGAGAGUCUGCCUUCAGAGGCUCGACAGGAAUCCCUGAGGCUGGCUAUGCGCUCCCCCAAGCUGAGGCAUAACCCAUUUAAUAAUGUACAAGUGGAGUUUGAUACAGAGAAGCUUCACCCUCAGCUGUCCAAUGGGACCCAGGGUUCCAGCAAAACACAGGAGAGAGAGAUUCCCUCUUCUCAGAGAGAGCUGCUCAGGGAGGUGAAAGUUGAGGAACCUGAGGUACCAGCAAAGCGGCCGGCCCCAGUGCCGAGGAAGAGAACUAAGCUGCCCAGAACAACGAGCUCAGGCACAGACAGCACCAGGUCAGGGGUCACGAGCCCCACAACCUCUAUGACCUCUACGACCCGCGGCAUCCUGAAGCCGGCCUCCAGCUGCAGCUCUGUCGACUCCCACCAGAGGGAGCCUUCGGGGGUGGAGGUGGUACAGGAGAGGGAACCUGGGGAGGUGCAGAGGAGGGAGGAGGAGAGCGAGGAAGUGAUGCGGGUUGAGAGGAGAGAUGAGGGGAAACGGCACUUUGUACCAGUGUCAGCUGAAGACAGUCCAGAGGAACGGCGGACAUCAGAGGUGAUGACCCAGCAGCACAUCUCAAGGGCAGAGGAAGUUCAGCAGAGAGAGACCACCUCAAGGUCACAUGAUGGUCACCUGAGAGAGGCCACCUCAAGGUCAAAUGCAGCUCAGCAGGAGAAAGCCACUUCAAGGUCAGUUGAAGAUCAAAUGAGAGAGACCCCACCUCAGAUGAGCUGGCCCAAAACUGAUGUUUCCCGAGGCUUGGGCCUCUCGGUGUUCACGCGCCCAGAGGAGAAGCCAUCUUUGGGCAAAGCACAGCCUCUCUCCACCUCCCCCGGCUCCAGCGGGUCCAGGACUGUAUGGCCGCCCAACCCAGACCAGCUGCCUCGAGAAAAAGCUGCCCCCCAGAUCACACAGCACAAGUGGAGAGAGUCCAGCGCUGAGAGGCCACAGCUGAUAAAAGACAACCAAGACCUCCGAGCAAAGGAUACCAACACAGACUUACUCAAGACUACAGAAGGUACAAUGCAGGAAUCAAAGAGGACUCUCCUUCUGUCUACACUAGAUGUGGUGGAGAAGCCAGCUGACACUGAUAGAUCCAAAUCCCCUGUUGCCCCGGCCUCAAAGACCUCUAAGCUCACAGAGGAGGAGGGGGACUCCAUUGCCAAGGUGCUGGAGUGGUUUAACAGGAGCACCGACAGCAGCAACAGGCAGGACACAGACUCCAUUCAGGACCUGGAGGACACCAAGGACGACAUCACAGACUCAGAGGAGGAGGCCAAAGCAACGGUGAUCACGCCAGCGGCAAACGUUUACACCAUCAUCCCCCGGCAGGAGAAGCCCAAGGAGAAGAAGAAGCUGUUCCCAGAUGAUAUCUGCUGGGUGGGUGAGCAGAGCGCGGACCUCUCUGAUGAGGCUCCAGAGCAGAGGGACGCCCGGAGAGAGAGCCCCGCCAUCACAGUCCGCCCCUUUCAGCCGGGCAUCAGCAGGGAUGGCUCCUACCAGCUCCAACCAUCUGCAAACGCUGUGUUCACACCAGACACUACCUACCAACCACAACACUCCGGCCAAUCCCCACCCCAGACAGAGACUAGCUACCAGCCUCAACGUUUCACCCAAUCACCACUCCAAACAGAAACCACAUACCAGUCCAAACACUUAAUCCAAUCCCCACUUCAAACAGAGACUAGCUACCAAUCCAAACGCUCAAUCCAGUCACCACUCCAAACAGAGACCACCUACCAAUCCAAAUCAUCAAUCCAAUCAGCACUCCAAAAAGAGACUAGCUACCAAUCAAAGCGCUCCAUUCAGUCACCAAUCCAACCAGAGACAAGCUACCAACCACAAUAUUCCACCCAAUCUCCACUCCACACAGAGACCACCUACCAAUCAAAAUCUUCCAUCCAAUCACCACUCCAAAAAGAGACCAGCUACCAAUCAAAACGCUCAAUUCAGUCACCACUCCAAACAGAGACCACCCACCAAUCCCAACGCUCCAGCCAAUCACCAUUCCAAACUGAGACCACCUACCACUCCCAAAGCUCCAUCCAAUCCCCACUUCAAAGAGAAAUAACCAUAGAAACAAACAGAACAACAUACCAAUCCAAACAUCCCGUCCAGUCUGCAGUUAAAACAGAAACGACUUACCAGCCGCAACGUCCAGUCAGUUCUAUGCCCAACAAAGAGGCAACAAUCCAGGCCCAUCCUCCAGUCCACUCAGUGCUCAAGACAGAAACAGCCUUCAAAGCCCAGCAGUACAGGCCUGAGGCACAGAAGCAGGGUCCUCCCAGACUAGAAGAGGUUCCUGUCCCAAGGGGACCCAAGGCAGAAGCUGGAGGUAACACCCGUCAGGACAGCCAGGACGAGAGACCAAAAAUCGCCAACUUGAAGUCUUUCUGGGAGAGGGGCACCAGCGGCCCGAAGAUCCUGAUCAGCAGAACACACUUAAACACGGACAAGAAAACGAUGCCUAGUCAACAGAUGGACCUUGGACAGACUGGCAGAGAUCAAAUUGAAGAACCACUGAAGUCUGUCCAGAAUUUUGAAAUUAGGUCCAUGAGCACCUCCUUAAAUCCCCGCAAUGAGGAGAAACCACAGAGGAAGCAGAUUGUGGAAAUAAAUGAGCGAGGAGUUGAAGUCACACCAAUUGAACAAAAGUAUAUGAAUGUAAAGGUUGAGGAUGAGAAGGUUCCAGAAAGUGUAUCUUCUACUCAGAGGAGUGAUACAUUUGAGGGAAGCAGUCACAUUCAGAAAGAUGUUACUUCCUCAGAGGUGAAGACACCCCCAUUUUCUCUCCAUACCAGCCGAUUUGCAAGGAGGGUGAGUGAAGAGGCCAUGAAGUACUCCCGUAUCCCUUUCAGUGAAGACGCCACAAAGUACUCCCAUGCCCCUGCAAGUGGGGACACCAUGAAGUACUCGCAUGCCCCCACAAGUGAAGAUGCCAUGAACUACCCCCGUCCCCCUAUGAGUGAAGACGGCAUGAAAAACUCCAGUACCCCCGUAAGUGGAGAUGCCAUUAAGAACUCCUCUCCUACUCCCACAGCCCGUCCAGAAGCAGUUCAGAAAGCCGAAGAACGUGAGGAGGAGACGCCACCUGGAUCGAGAUCUCUGUCGAGAACAAGCACCCCGGUUCUUCCCUCAAGUCCAGUGUUGCCGGCCAAGCAGAACACCCAGCAUUUAGAGAACCGGAGAGAGAGGUUAAGGCAGCUCAAGUCUUUCUGGGAGAGUGAAGUAGGUGGACCCAAACUCUACAGUGGCCGAUCAAGAGACGCAGAGAGCAAGUCGAACCGGCCCUCAGGCUCCUCCUCUCUGAAUAAAAGGUUCACCAAGUCUGCUUUUGAUCUCAGGUCUAUGGGCCUCAGUUCCAACGAUGACUUUGAUGACGCCUCAGGAGAGCACAGCUUUUCCGGUUCCACUAUGAAAGACAAGGCUGAGAAACCCGCCCUGGCAGACACCAACUUCAAGAGUCUCAAAAACUUCUGGUCAGGAUCUCCCUCAGUGCAAACUAGACCAAAGUCCCCAACGUCCAAGGACAGACUCCAAGGAUCCAAAAGUCCCCCAGCAAAGCCUCACGAAAUGAGUGGAGCUCCACGGGCGGCUUCCCCACAACAGUGGAAGCCCAACUCCAACCCAACUUCCUCCUACCGAGGGUCAGACGAGAUGUCAGAUAAGUCCCAUGGGAGGCCCAGGGAGGAGAGCUGGCACAGCAAAGCAUCUUCAGCCAAUCGAGAGGAGCACCCCUCCUCCCCCUCACUGAAGAGCCGACACAAAAGCAGGGAUGAAGGCGGCACCAGCAACCGAAGGGCCUCAGUAGACAGCAGAUCAGGCAAGGCCAGCCACAGAACCACCAGUGUGGAACCGGAGCAGAAUCGAAAGACAGCACCUCAACAUCAGUCCCGCCGGAACUCGGAGCAGGUUUCCCUCAACAGUGCACUGGGCCUGAAGAACCGAUCGGGCCAGCCGCCACGCAGAACCAGCACAGGAAACCUGAAUGAGAGAGCCGGCAGUAUGCGCAGGGCUACCAGCAUGUACUCCCUGGCUGUCAGGGAGGACGAGGAGCAGACCUCACCCAAGCCCUCUAAGAGGAGUCAAGAGCUCAGCUCUACAAAGCCCAAGAAGAUGCCAGAGUUUGGCCUGAGCUUCGCAAAGAAGGCGUCUGAGGUGGGGAGGAGCAGAGAGAAGCUGAAUGAGAGGCGACCAUCAAAUGAGAGGCGGCCAUCGCGGACGUACGAGGACACCGAGUGCCAGCCGCUGGCACGCUCCUUCAUCCCGCGGGACUACCAGCACUACUUGGGCAUCCCCGAGAGGACGGGCACGUGCCCGGCAGCACCGGCCCCAGAGCCGCAGGAGGAGCUGUGCACAUCCUUCUCCGACCAACCGGGCUGUGAGUGGAGCCACAGCGGCUGUCCGGUCCGGUCCAGCACACCUGUCGGGACAGAGGACCUGGGCGGGAGGAGGGGCAGUCUGGGGCCACGCCCCACGUACAGUGUGCCACCCAAUGAGGAUUUCAACCAGGAGUCACCAAGGAGCAGCGCCUCAGAGAGCUGGACGUCCUCACGGAAAAACUCCAAGUGUGAGGAGGAGCUUGAUGGCCCAGUUCAAAAGGCCCUUAGGAGGGCAGCGAUCCGACCUACCUUCACCAAGAGCCUGGAGGACAUCACCGCGGCAACAGGGCCAGAGAGGGAAAGUGAGAAGGCCAGCAUCUUCAUGCACAGCAGUGGCGAUGCCUCCCCGUCCACCUCCACCCUGACCUCCUCCUUCUCAGAGCCGGAGCACCUGAGGAAGAUGAGCAAGUCAGUGCCCUCGUUCCUGCAGGAGGAUGCUUCAGAUGACAGUAAUUCAGUGGAGAGCAGUUUAAGUGGGCGGCGGCCUCACAGAGUGGGCGUGUCCUUCACUAACCUCAGCGGUUCCUCUGGCAUGGCGUCUGUCUCGUCCGUAAGCGGGAGUAUUAUAAGCGUGAACAGCGGUGACUAUGGUGGAGUUGAAGUCCAGGGUACCAUCCAGUUCACACUCAACUACGUGCAGAAGCUGAAGGAGUUCCACAUCUUCGUGGUGCAGUGCAAGAACCUGGCCGUCGUCGAUUCCAAGAGGAACCGCUCCGAUCCAUACGUGAAGAGUUAUCUCAUACCUGACAAAGCUGGCCUAGGCAAACGAAAGACUUCUGUGAAGAAGAGGACGGUUAACCCCAUGUUCAAUGAGAUUCUUCGGUAUCGGGUCCGAAUAGAUUACCUGAAGAGCCAGGUGCUCAACCUGUCGGUGUGGCACCAUGACACAUUUGGGAAGAACAGCUUCUUAGGUGAGGUGGAGAUGGACCUGUCUGUGUGGGACUUCAACAACACCCAGAUGAACUACAUGUCCCUCAAAGCCAGGACGACAUCCAGCACCCAUCCAACAGAGUACAGAGGGGAGAUGAGACUGGCCAUUCGCUACCUGCCCCAGAUGUCCUACUCCAAGACGCCCUCGAACUCUGGUGAAGUUCACAUCUGGGUGAAAGACUGCAAGAAUCUCCCACUUGUCCAUGGAGCAACUAUUGACCCCUACGUGAAGUGUUUUAUACUGCCAGACACAAGCAGGAAGAGCCGUCAGAAGACACGGGUCAUGAAGCGGACGGACAGCCCCGUGUUCAACCACACUAUGGUGUACGACGGCUUCCAGCCAGAGGACCUGAAAGAAGCCUGUGUCGAGCUCACUGUCUGGGACCGGGACCGGCUGGCUAAUCACUUUCUGGGAGGCGUGAGGCUCGGACUGGGCACUGGGAAGAGCUAUGGUGCACUGGUGGACUGGAUGGACUCCACUGGCCAGGAGGUGGCACUGUGGGAGCGGAUGAUGGAUUCCCCAACUGAAUGGGUGGAGGACGUGCUGCCCCUCAGAGUUCUGAUGACACACGCAAACAAAUAAAUAACCAACAAACAGAUAAAAAAA